AUGUCAUUUCGUCAAUGGGUUAAAUCUUCUCCUGAUUAUAAAAACUACGCUUUUCAAAUUUCAGUUUCAAAAUGCGGAGAAAGUGAAUCAAAAGGAUGGUAUGCAUUUGAUAUUGCAUGGGGUGAUCUACGUUUUGAGAAUAACAACAUCACUUACAACAAAUGCAGUCGAUGUUCAUCAAUAGAUAGUGCCCUUGAUGGAAAAUCAAGUACAUGUAAUUUCUCAACAUUCAGAGAAAACAACCAAACUGGAAGUCCAUCUCUUGAAUUUGACAGUAAUUCUCCUUCAUUGAUACAAGCAGUUUCUUAUUGCAAUGUUAUUGGAAAUAAAUGCGGAACAGACAAUUCCCAAGUUCUAUUUUGGUGUAAUUUGAAUACUACUGUUGAUCACUGCGUAUUUUUAAAUAACACUGCAGCAUAUAUGUUUUAUAUUAGUAAAGGUUACACAUUGACUAUUACAGAUUCAUAUGUUAAAUCCAAUUCAAAAUCAGGAUUAGGAACUGUUACAUUUAAAAAUGAAAAAAGUAAUUCUGAUCUAAAUGAACUUUCACAUUUUUAUACAGAAAAUUGUUUCAUAGAACAAAAUCAAAUCACUUUUAUAUUACCUUAUUUAUCUAAAUUUGCAGAAACUUCAUCCAACGUAUUUCAAAAUUUCAAAAAAUAA